UGAUUCGUAGUUCGGCGAGCCGGGCUCUGAGAGUGUCGAUCAUUACGUCGAGCUUUCGUCGUUCGGAGUUACGUGUAUUGCGGUUCAUCGGUUCCGAACAUCAGCUUGAAAACAAACAAAAAUGGUAACAACAAAGUGUCACACCAUGAAAACGACAUCACUGGACGAUUAGUUGCGUGGCUAUAAUUCGACUAUCCGGUAAACUGUGGUAACAGAUGGUUAAAAUCUUCUACCGAAUCUCUUAACUUGUAAUUAGUUUCACACACUCGGACUGGCACUGUCAGUAUCGUCAUUUACAGACGUUUCUAAUUAACUUUGAAAAUAACACCGAGGAUAUCCAUGAGUGAGUGUGUCUGCAUAACGGAGCGUUUCAAAGCGAGAUAUCAAUCGAUGGACAGUAUCUCUUGAAGGAUUGCAGCUCUAGUUAGAGACAACGACAAAGUUGGAUUAUAAUGAGUGAGAAAAUGACGUUGACGUUUCAUUCUCCGAUAAUGGAAGAGGUCGAGCGAGGCUUGUUAUCCGAAGGUCUGGAGCAACGCAAAGAGGCAUUCAAGGACGAUGAGGAAUUGAUGAAGGAAACCACAAGGUUCGUCGCUGAAGUCAUUGAGUCCGCAACCACCGAGGCCUCUAGACGGAAGUGUCAAAAAGCGGAGUUCCAAGCCGACGAAGGAAGUAGUUUGAGAGGGGGAGAUCGUAUCCGCGGUUGGAACUCACGGGCUCGGGGCUUCUGCAACCGAAUUCUGAAUGCAGUUUGUCCCUGCAUCACGACCAAUGACUGCUUCGGCGAUGCCCCCACUCCGAUUCUUCGCGUGCGCAGAGCGCAUGCGCAGAGUAUUUUCGUGGACGCAAACCUUUGCGCAGUGAUUCGCUGGGAUUUUUUGCAUUCGAUUGAUCAUCUAGAAGAUCGAGGCCACAGGGCAUCAACGAAACGUUGGUAUAGGGAGAGUGUACUGUAUACAUGUACGGUGUGUAGAUGUACACAUAUAAGAGAGUGUUUAGAAAUAGUUUCUAUUAAUGUUUUUGUUGGAACGUGAUUACAGUGAGACAGGGUUGAACAUUGCGUGAUCUAAUCUUACCUGAAGCUCUAUUUUUAAACAUGGUGUUGUUAUUCAUACCUGAUACGCGUGCAUGCGAUUGUAGUGACUGUGCGUUUGCAGGUGAAACGCAGUUUAUGUUAUAGUGUUAGAAGUAAAUCGGCAUACCGUAGUUUUGCAUAUAGCAUGAUUUUCGCGAUUCGUUCGAAAAUGAAGGUAUGGCAAUUGUAGUUUUAAGUCGAAUAUAUUCGUAUUGUCAGUAGACGAUGCCGUGGUAGAUGGCGAUCGGUGUAACCUUCCACACAAUAUAGCUGUAUUGAAAACUCUCUCCGUUUAUUCUUUCCUUAGAAUUUAUCAGCUGGGCCUCCUAUCGCUUUACGAGACCUUAGCCAGCUCCCGCGGGCUUCAGGAAUGAAUUCUCCCUCACUCAAUCGACGUACCGUUCGUCGAUGUAACCGAUAAAGUAAAUUUUUCAAUUUCACAGCUAACUUCGUAAAAGAUCAAACGAUCGACAGACGAUGAAGUAACCGAUUUAUGUUCAUAUGUGUAUAAUAUCACAUUACGUAUGUAUGUGUACUAACUAACUAUGGUACGAAUCUAUACGAUAAGCGUACAGUUUUUUUUACCAUCGAACAAUUAUUGUUCACUUUUAUGGAGACUAAAGUAGCUGAUCUGAAAAACGUUGCUGAACAUCAUACAUCAGGAUUCUCGUUAGUUAUUUUAUAUUCUAAUACAUAUACAUCGUACGCUCUUUAAAAUGAUGCAGUUUUCAAAACCGAUCUUCGGUAGCCUCGAGUUAUGAACCCGAUUGCAGGGCUGUAAGGAAAUCGACCGCCCUUGCUUUAUUGAGAACACUCGAGUGAAUAAUGAUCGUCGGCUAUAUAACGAGUGAAAUUAUAACACGAGGUGACUAUACUAUAUUCAGUGUACUGUAUAAUUGGAUUGAACAAUCUGAUUGUGAAUAACACCCUUGCUAAAAGACGGAAGUAAAACACAAACAAAACAGUGCGAUGAGUACACAUAAUGAAAGUGGAGAGCAAAAAGUGUGCAGGAAAUUAUAUAUAUUUAAGAAACUGUUAAUAUUAGUUGAACAGAAUUAAUUAUGAAUAUGUCUAUAUAUAUAUUUACACCGCUCGUCUGACAAUCAGCGAAGCUUUCGGCCACAUUAUCGACCAAUACAUUCGUGUAACAAUAAAUGUACAAAAACCACGUAUAUGGAUAUCGUGCAUAUCUUCUUGAUCUUGCAAUGUUAUAGCUAUAACUAACGGAAAAAAUUCCUCGUCCCCAUUUGAACUCUGCACAGCAUUAGUUGUUCGAAAUAAAAAUAAGCUCUGAGCUUUUUACGCAGGCACUUUAACGUUUUACGUGUAUAAAAUUCGAAUUGGAUGGCUGUUACGACGGUGAUAAUCGUUCAUAUUUGUAAAGUGGUCGUCAAGCUACGUUACACAGCCUCUGAAAACGUUGAAAAAGAGUGAUCGAUUUCGUCCGAAUGAAAUUCAGGUCACAUGCAGUGCUGAACAACUGACGUGAUACGUACUUCUGUAUAGCUGUAGGUUAAUUUUAUUGCAGUACUGUGGACCGCGGUUGAAUCGAUAAUGCAGUAUCACUACUAUUCACUGCCGAAGCUAUAACUGUUACUUUCAAGGCUCACGGCAGUGAUUGUAGAAACGAAAACGGAUCAAUAAAAUUUGCAACUGUAAUUUUCUGUUCUGAUUAACUAAGAUUUUAAGCAGAGAAACCGAAAGAAAAACAGUCUUGGCCACUACGCGGAAGGAAAGGAAUUCGUGAACCAACAAAAUAGAUUUUAUUGGAGUCAAUUAACUUCGAUCUUGUACUCUUCAUUUGUUCCAAAUACGAUGACGUCAAUUCAAUAAUUUCGAUUUAUCUAGUUUGUCAAUAUGAUUUGGUCAAGCGAAUUUCUUCGUUCAACGAAAGCCUUUCUUGGAGUGAUCGAGUCAAGUAUUGAUUCACGUGAAUCUUUUGUCGUGUUUCCGAAAUUGAGUAAACUAAAUAUCAUUUUAUUUGAAAUUUACGUAUUGUUCCUAUGAGUCGCAUGUUUGUUGACAAAAACAAUUAGGUACUCUAAAUAAAAGGAGUACAUGAAUCUGGCCAGUAAAAAGUUCAGGUACAUGAAUUGAAUGCCAUGCUUUGGUGAUCUUAAACCAGAGCUUGUUUGGCGUAAGUCAUUGAAUCAGUUGCACUAAUUUAUUUACGAAGUAAAAUACACACCACAUGCUUUAAAACAAGUAUAGAACAUAUUCAUCAUAAACAUUAGUAUAACGACAACCAGGAGGUGAACUCUACCCCACAAAAUUAUGAGUCAACAGAAUUAUAAAUGAUAUUAUUCGAAGAAUACGUUUUGGGCGCUUGGAAAACUGUAAUAUUCAGUCAAUGCAAAAGACAAGAAAUUCAUUACCUGAUUCAACCAUUGAACUCUUGACUCAACACGACAUGAAUAAUAAUCCUUUCCUUCCGUGUACUUGUCGUUUAUUGACUGUUACAAAAUAUCCGUUACCAUCUGAAUGAAUAGGCUUUGUGAGACAGUUGGGAAAUGUUCUAUUAGUAAACCGAUUGUAUCUUGUUUACUGUAUACUGUUUCUACUUAAAAUAAUACCAAUGUAAUAUUAAAUAUGAAGUUAUAUCAACGGUGUAGUAUAAGCGAUAUUGUAUAUCUUUAUAUUAGAGAGCAUUUAAUUGUAUGUGUAAAUACGAUAUAAAAACGCAGUUUCCAGCCUCCGGGACAUAGCUAUUAUGAAAAGCGAAUGAAUUAUUAAAUAAGCUAAGUGACAAUCAUCAAUGAAAAUCAAAAACAGGUCAUCAUAGUUGUGUAAGUAUGCUGUAACAUUGUACAAUGAGAUGAAUAAAUUUUU